AAAAUGCCACAUUGCGUUUAAUUUCUUCCGCUGGGCGUUGCAAACUCCGAAAUUCAACUCGUGCUCCACAGGCCACAGCUAAGUAUACGAGCGGAACAUCGUCGCAGAGAAAAUCAAACGACGAGAGCUCCGAAAGCCCUGACCGUGCAGUGGCGCCCUCUGGCACCGGCAUCGGCAAGCCUCAUAUCUCGCUCCCGGCGCAAACCGCAUCGCAUUCAACUGCAAAAACAAGUGUUCCCGGCCCGCACGCAUACGCACACGGACAGAGUCAUCAGCUCAGGCUCAGCCCAGAGAGAAAGAUGGCGGCGCCCGGCGCGACGCUCCGGCCGAGUGCAGCUCCGCAGCAGCAGCAGCAGCAGCAACAGCAGCAGCAGCUCCCGCUCUCCGCCGCCUGACUACUCGGCCACUCCGCCGAGCGCCUACUCCCCCGGAGGAGACGCUGCUGCCGCGGCGGCGCGCGAGAGAGCAGUGUACCCGCGAGAGCUCGAGACUCGACAUCGUACGGCGAGCGCUAUAGCCAGCUCGUCAUCGUCGUCGCGCGGUGUUCAAGUACACGUACGUCCAUAUACUCGUGACCUGCAAAAGGCAUACCGGUUGACCUCGCACUCGAAGAGGACUGCGCGAACGAGAGAGCACAAGAGCACAAUACUUGUAAUAUCGCAUAAGCAAGAGAGAAGAGAGAAAGGAAGUCGGGCGUGUAUCAUGCGGAGCAGCGGUUACGAGGCGCUGCUCGGCUCGAUAUAGCGGCUGCGGUACGAGGAGGAGCGCGAGGGGGAGAGCGAGCGCGUCGUCAUCAUCGAGGUCGCUAGUUGCCUGCCUGCCUGCCUGCCUGCUUGCUUGUUCGCCCGUCUGGCUGUGUGCGUCCGCCGCCUCGCCUCUCCCCGUCUCUCUCUCUCUCUCUCUCUCUCCCCGUCUCUCUCUCUCUCUCUCUCUUUCCCCGCAGCGACGCACAAGGAGGCGGACACGACGCAGCAGUACUAGCUCGCAGAGCAGCAGUCGAGCGGCGCCAUUCUCGGGGCGUCGAUGUAGCGUCUACUCGUAUAGCAGCAGCAGCAGCAGCGGAGUUGGAGAGUCGACACUGCUCGCGCAUUGAUAAACUCUUAUCGGCGAGAGGAGACAGCUCGCCUUUCUCAGGAUGGAGCAGAGGGAGAGGUACGACGAGCUCUGCAGGCUCUGCGCCUCGUACGAUGCCGUCAAGAUGGACAUCUUCGGUCAGGAGGGCAAGAACCGACAGCUCGUCGACAAGAUACAGACCUGCUUGCCGUUCAAGAUAGCCGAGGACGAUCGACUGCCGAAAUGCCUUUGCUACAGAUGCAUGUACAAUUUGGAGAACUUCUACGACUUCAGAACGGCUUGCGUCAACGCGGUCGCUAUGCUGGAGCGAUGUUUGCCACCCGACGCGACGAAGGUGGAGAUCAAACAGGAGAACAACGACUCGUCCGAGCCGUAUUCGGAGCUGCGGAUGGAGCUGCUGAAGGACAAAGACACGGGAAACAGCUCCAGCGGGGGCAUGUCGAUGCUCAUACCCGAGGCGCCGGUCGUCAAUCCAAACGCGGCCCUCGGCACACCUCCCAGACUCAAGUCAGACGGCGAACCCGACAACGAGGAGAUCGGAGACGCCGCUGCUGGCGAUGAACGUCUGGAGGACCACGACAAGUCGGACGAGUACGAGAUGGACAUGGAGACGAACCCGAGCGACUUCCUGGAAAUGAGCGCGCUCGUACCGGAAGAGGAGAGCGUCCUUCCAGCCCAGCAGCAGAAUGCCGGCGUCUUCCAGCACCGUAACGAGCAACACGAGGUCUACGUCUGCUCGCUCUGCAACAAGGCUUUCAGCUCGAAGGGACAUCUCUCGCUACACGCGAGGAUACACGUUGGUGCCGGAGACGUGAUCGGCGAGAAGGUCAUCACGGACGAUCACACUUCCUACAAGAGGCCGUACCAGUGCGACCUCUGCAACAAGUCCUACUCCACGGCGAAGCAUCGCUGGGGACACGUUUCCACCACUCACAGGGGUCACCCAGCAGUGACGUGUGGCUACUGCUCGCGCAUCUACUCGACGCGUACGAACCUCGAGGAGCACAUAAAAUCGCGCCAUGCAGGUUUGCCACCGCCGCCGGAAAUUCCGGCCCCUUACGUCCAGCCGGACUCGCGACAUCAGUGCAAGACCUGCCCGAAGAUGUACACCAACAUUACCGAUCUCAACAAGCACAGCCGCGUUUGCCUGGGCGAACAGCAACGCAAAGAGCAGCAGUCCAAUAACAGUUUCAACCCACAGAACUUCGGUAAGAAAAAUGCCAUGUCCAAGCUUAAAAAUGCCUUGGACCCGACGUCCGACUUAUCUAGCAUCGAUUCCGACUAUGAGAACAAAGAUUACAGGAGCGCGGAAGCGAAACUUGCCAAAAAUCCUCAGUUAACCAUUCUCAAGCAGGCUCUCAUCAAGGGCGACAGCGCGAAAAAGGAGUACGAGGAGAGGCAGAAAAUGCUUAGCAAAUCAAAGAAACAGGCCAAUGCUACUAAUAAAGAAGGAGUGGAUCCUGACGUGAAGAGAUGGUACUGCGAGGUCUGCCCGUUGAACUUUGCGACGGUCGACGAGCUGAGGCAGCACGAAAAGUCCCACGACGCCGAUAAGCCUUACAUAUGCAUUCUUUGCGAGAAGGACUUUGUCCUAAAGUCGUCCCUUAGCAGGCACAUACUCUCGUCUCACGGGGUCGAUCCCACACCGCUAGUCGAGAGCGACAAAUGUCUAAAGAAAUCCGUGCAGGAAGCGAACAUGCAACCGCCACUUAUCAAAGAGGAACAGAACGUUACCAAAGAAAACUCUUCGUCGCCAUUUUCUGCUGAUAACAUGGAGAAUGACGAAGACGAGCACGAGAACGGCAACGACAACAUGCUGGAGAUUGAGACGGUCUUUGUCUGCGAGAUCUGUACGCGCGACUUCAACGACCGAGCCUCGCUCUGGCUGCACAUCCGCGCUACUCACAAAGAGUACGCGGCAUUCGCUUGCGGCGUCUGUCUGAAGAUUUGCUCAGACAACGCCCAACUGCUGAAUCACGUAAACAUGUAUCACGGAGGUAACAAACUGCUGAUGUCCGAGCAGCGUAGGUACAGCUGCACAGUAUGCGGCCGACAGCACGACUCUCGCAAGAAGCUCAUCACCCACGUGUCCAUACACAACAUCGAUCCGAGCUACGAUCCUGCGAACUUCGUGCAACUCAAUACCAAUUACUACAAUGAAAAUGUCAAUAGCAACGAAGGCGGUAACGAGUUAAUCAUGGAUUGCGAUGAUGAGAGCGAAAAGGCUGACUGUUAUAUCUGCUACAAGAGGUUCCCGAAUGAAGACCAGCUCAUCCGACAUCAGAGGAAUGCGCACAAGUCCGAGCAGUUGGUUGAAGUGGGUGGAAAUGGCGGAGUUCCUGGUCAAAACGGUACCGGCAAUCGCGCGCAGUAUCACCUGUUUUUCGUUUGCGAGCUGUGCGGAAGUUCGCAUCCCAGCAAGUGGGAGAGAUGGCUGCACGUCAGCAGUAUGCACGGCAACGAGCUUGCUAUAAGGUGUGAACGCGACGACUGCGCCAAGAUUUUCGCUACGAAAGCUCUGCGUAACGAGCACGCACAGCACCAUCAAUUGCAGGGCGCUUCACCCAACACCUGCGAGAUCUGUGGAAAGCUCUGGGGCAGCCGAGUUGACUACUGGAAGCACGUGAUGGGUGUCCACGCAGACACGGUACCGCUCAUCUGUGGUGUCUGUCUCAAGGUGUUCCCUGACGUGAUGCAGCUCAGUCAACACGUCAAGUUGAAGCACUGGCCGUUGACCAAUGGUGACUUCAGCUGCGACAUUUGCGGAAGACCGUAUUCCAACAAGAGCAAAAUGUCGAGGCAUAGGAAGAUUCACGGACUCGAUGGAGAAGUUUAUAAUCCGUCGGCUACUAACAGUAGUUUGAUAAUCAACGACGCUUCGAGUGAAAUGACAGGACUUCCAAUGCCCUUAAGUCUGGAUAAUGGUAUGCCUCAACCAAUCGAGCCAGUAUCGCUCGAUUUGAGCUGCGAGAUGUGCGGUGACCUAAAGUUCAACAGCCUGGAGGACCUGGGCAAUCAUCGUAGAAUGGCCCACAGCCUCUUCCCCUGCGACCUGUGCAACAAAUGCUACGGUCGUACCUCUCACCUCUGGAAGCACGUGAAUCGUGUGCACAAAGGUCACGAGGACGUGACCUGCCGCUUCUGCCUCAAAACCAGCGCUUCGAAAGAUCACUUGGCCGCUCACAUUGCCAAGAUACACAGAUACGAACCGGAUGUGAAGAGCGAAAUGGAAAUAAAGCGCGAUAACAUGGUCUACAAGAACAGUAGCAGUAAUUACUAUCACAUGGCUGCGGCCCAAUCGCCUGAGGAGGACGGUCUGCACUUCUGCGAAAAGUGCAACAAGUCUUUCCACAAGCGAUACCUCUUACGUCGUCACAUGAAGGGAUGCCAGAACUAUCGCAAGGAUCCGGCUGCCCUUCUCACACGCUGUCGCGCUUGCGAGCGUAUAUUCAAGGACCGAGCUAGUCUGCAGAAACACAUUGAAAACCACCAUAGCUCGUACGAGUGUCACCUUUGCAAGGAGACGAUCACCUCGAAGCUUGGUAUUAUGACGCACAAUCGUAUGCACCAUAUGCAUCAUCCAGACCUCACUUGCGAGCUCGAGCACUGCCGUAAGUUGUUCAGGACGAAGGAGGACUUGGAGCUGCAUCGCAAGGAUCACCAGCAUCUCGGAACUCCGAACGUCUGCGACUUUUGUGGAGAUACGGUCGAGAACAAGCUCAAGCUCAAGAUGCACAUCCUGAGUCUGCACAGGAACGAGAUUGGGGUCUCGUGUGGAGUUUGUUUGAUACCAAUGAAGGACCCCAAGGAUCUCAAGAAGCACGUCGAAGAUGUGCACGAGAGCAUUUUGCUGAGACCCAAUACCUGUCAGGUCUGCGGCAAGCAGUAUGCCUCCAAGUGGAAAGCCUUCGACCACACGAAAAAGUGCCACGGCAAGGUCUUCCGCACGUGCAAGCAGUGCUUGGCGGUCUUCACCUCGGACGAGGAUCUUCGCUACCACUAUGAGCACAUUCACAACAUUCCUAAAGACCAGCUCGACGCGUUCCAGUACCGGCUCGAGGUUGCUGGUAAUAAGAUGGACGAUUACGAUUUGGGUGCGCUUGAAGUCGUUGUCAAGGAGGAACCCGAGGAUCUCGACUUCGACUGCGACGCCUUUGACGAAGAUACCAAUGGGAACUCGAAUGAUUCCAAACGUAGACGCUCGAUCACGGAUACUUUUGACUGCGAGAUGUGUCCGGAGAUAUUUCUGAAUCACGAGCUGCUAUCGUCGCACUACAGAAACGUUCACAAUACUGAUCCUGAGAGGAUGUUUAAGAGGAUCAAACUGGAGGCCUCGAGCAGCAAACCAAAGAAAAAGAUGCGCGAAAGGGAGAAUUACGAGUGCAAGAACUGCCAGAAGCAGUUCUGCACCAAGACCCUUUAUUUGGGCCACGUGAAUAUCUGUACUCGUAAAUCCGUGCCUACGUCAAUUCUGGAAGCUCAUUUGAAGAAUAAUAAUCAGAUCAAGCGCGAAGAGCCCGAACCCAUUAUCUGCGAGACAAAUCUUAAUAUCCCGGACUUCAACCUAUUCGAGGACAUCAACAUGCAGCUGUCGGGCCAAAAGCCCGUACCAAGCCUUAUGCCGCUCGGUGGACACUCUUCCAAGUCGUCCAAGUAUUCGCGUAAGGACUCGCGCAAGGUCUACGACGAGUCAACGAACACCGAAUGCACUUGCGAGGUAUGCGGUAAGCAGUGGCCUGCCAAAAAGCAUCUGUGGCAACAUUUGAUCAGGUUCCACAGAGCAGAAGCUGCCGUGACUUGUGGUGUUUGUCUGAAGCUUUGUGCAACGUACGAAGAUCUGUCGGAACAUCUGAAAAACGUGCAUCCAUCAAUACUUUCCACCGCUGGCAACAACUUCACCUGUAAGAUUUGUGGACGUUACCACAACGCACGCAGCAAGCUGUUACUGCACAUGAGCAUUCACAUCGACUGCAAGAACAACUUUAUGUGUCAGCGAUGCAACAUAAGUUUCGACUCCGAGGAGAAGUUAAAUGAACACGUCGCAUCCUGCGUUGUGGUUCCUAGUCAAUCUGAGGCCGGCGAGGAACCUAUCGAGGUGAAGGAAGAAAGCGAAGAAAAAGGUAGCCUCAUCGGCGACGAAGAGGACGAAACGCAGGAAAACGAGGUAGAGUCCGGAGACGAGAAUUCGGACAACGCUGACAGCAGUUCGGAUAAGUCCAAUGACUCGGAUAGCAGUAACAGUAAUAGCAACAGCGACAGCUCUAGCGACGAUGAUAGCGACGACGACGAGGAAGACGGUCGGUCGCAAAACGUCGAUAAGGACAGCAACAGCAGCGACGACUCUGACAAUGCAGAAGAGAUCCAGCCACAGGUCGAGGUCAAGCACCCGAUGAUGGAAGAGACGAUGAGUCUCGGCGAGGAGGACGAGGAGGAAGAUGGUAUGUCCGAAUCGGAGAACGACGAUUAUCUAAAGAAGCAGCAAGAGGCGCAGCAACAGCACGGUAUCGAGGACCGCUACGAAAUUCAGCAAAAGGAGGCUAUGUUAGUCAAUUAUUCGGAUGAUGAGGGAACCCCGGCUCUCAGUCCAAUGAUGCCUCAGGCGAUCAACGAGGGCAGCGCGCCGAACGAGGACAGCCAGGAAGAAUUAACGAAUCGGCACAUGACUCUGAAUGAGUCAUUGAACGUAAAGAAGGAAAAGAGCGACGAUAGCGAAGACAAUAGCAGUGAUGAGGAGGUGCAAGAAUCUGGAGACGAUGAGGUGCAGCAGGCAGAGCUCGUGGAUCCCAACGCUGCCUUCCAUGCAGAUAAUAAUUCAAGAAGUAGUAACGAAGGCGAGGAAGAACAAGAGUUAGGCGAAGAGCAGGAAAUAGAGGAAGAACAAGAAGAGGAGGAGCACGAGCAAGAGCAAGAGCAAGAGGAAGAGGAAGUAGAGGAAGAGGAGGAAGAGGAAGAUGAAGAAGAAGAAGAAGAAGAAGAAGAAGAAGAAGAAGAAGAAGGACAAGGACAAGAAGAAGGACAAGAGCUUGAAGACCAAGAGCACGAAGUACAGGAGCACGAAGUACAAGAAGUUGAAGAAGAGGAAGAAGACGGCAACGUAGAGCACGGUAUGAAUGAACACGAAGUGUUGGAGGUCGAUGAGAAUGAAAUGCACAAUCUGAACGGCACAGUGUUGAUGCUGGCCAAUGAUGCGGAUGGCAAUCAGAUCCUGAUCGAACGCAACAUGGCCGAUCUCGAGAACGACGAUUCUGUCCACGACAUGGCACAGUACGUCUUCCAGGAUGGUACAGGUUUUGCCCUCGAGGACUACGAGGCCAUAGUUGAGAAUCAAGGUGAGGAGGAAGAAGAGGGUCAAGAGCACCACGGUUUCGAGAUGGAGAUCGGUAACGCACACGAGGAAGAGGUUGAGGAUCAGGAACAGGAGGAAGAAGAAACUGAGGAACGAGGCGAAGAAGUCGAAGAAAUGGAGGAGGGCGAAGAGAUGGAGGAGGCGACUGAAGAGCACGAAGAAGUAGAGGAGAACGACGACGAGGAACUCAGUUCUAGUGCCAAAAGCUAAAAGUGUCGAGAGCAGGAGGACGAUGUGUGUUUAGUUGAGUGGGACCACGAGGAGAAGCGACACUCUUUCACGAUUUUGUACCUCUAAGAUUUAAGUAAGCUAGAAACAAACACAAAAUCGAGUGGAUGUUGUACAGUGUAAGGAAAAUUGACGUAGUAGCGAAAGAGGCUAAAUCGCGAUGAACUUUUCCGAGAGAAAGACAAGAACUACUAUAAUUACGUGUGCGUCCAAGAGAGACACAUGCUAUUUUUUUUUAUGUCUGCCUGUAUCUACUGCGUUCUUAUUGUGGUAUUGAAGAAUGUGGAUGGAACUUGAAAACCCUCUUUGAAAUACUAAUAUUUGAUAUUUAAUAUAGUAUGACAUCGUGAAACGUAAAUGAUGGGUAGAGAGAGGAGUAUUUACGAGUGUGGAACGUUGAUGCGUCGUUUAAUUGAACUAUUUAAUUUAUAAGAGAAGCGCUGGGGUAAUAAGAAUCUUUAAAUAACUAUUUCAAAUAGGGUAUAUAAGUGAUGACAGGUAUGUUUUUACAAUUAUUUUUUUUUAUCAUUUCAUCGAUAGUUAAUUCAAUACCAAUUUACGAAAGGUUUUGUUUUAUAAAAGCCACUAAUGGCAUUGAUAAAUAAAACAUUGACCUCUGCUUAACUUAAUGAUUAAUUAAUUUGUCGAGCAUCGCGGAUCUCGGCACGACAAGAAUUUUCAAGAUGAAUUAUAAGAGCAACGAGAAAAAUAUUGAAAAAAGGACUUGGAAGGGAGAACAUUUUUAAAGGAAAAACUUUUUUACAAAACGUUAUUUGUUAAUGUUUAUAUUCAUUCCACGAUUCCUAGGAUCUCUCUUCGAAUUCGACGUAAGCGUUAAUUUUCUUUCUUUCUAUUUUUCGAACCUUAAUAAGCGAUUGACGUUCGUAUCGUAUUCUUUGCACGUUUUAGUGUUUUUCGUCUUUUCUUUAUUUUUUCUCGUUUUCUAUAAUUUAUAUGCUAAUGAUAGGUAUCGACUGCGUGCGAAUUAAAAACUAAAAAAGAAGUGUUUAUUCGUAAUUAUCUACGAAUCAGCAUUGAGCGAAAACAUGUGACGUUGUUGAAAAAGGGUUGGCUUGUAUAUAAUGUAGCAUAAUUAUAUCUAUUUACCAUUUAGAUUCACGUUAACUCUCUUAGGAGAUAAGUUCGCGAAAGUAUGAAUUGAUAAACUAACUGUAUCGAAGCUGCUGCGUGACUGCGGGAGGAUACAAGCGAUAGUCUAGGCGCUCAGCACUUUUCGUCGGACUUGAAUGGCCAGUAGAUAACCAAGGUAUUUUCAAUGUAUCGUUGCCUCCUGAACACGAAUUUCGAGGGUGGAAUGCCCAAAAGUGGUCAGGUAAUUUGCUAUUAACAAAUUAAUUGUUAAUAUUCAACAAAAUGAUGUUAUUUCCCAAAAACUUCAAGCCAAAAACAGUUUUUUAGAUUCUUUAUAUGAUUCUAAAUCAAAAAUGUUCUUAUAAGAUUUUCUAAAAAAUACAUAAAAAUGAAAAAGCUUUCUUUUCGAGUAAAAGAGUACUAAAAUCCGGUCUAAAUCGCGAUUUUUUCCUUAAUUUUAUCAAACUUGAUCAAUUUUUACUCAAAAACAAAGCCUUUUUCAGAAAAUCUUAAAAGAACAUUUUCGAUUUAGAAUCAUAUAAAGAAUUUUGAAAAAUGUUUCCUCGUUCGAAAUAAUAUAAUUUUGUUAAAUAUUAACAAUUAAUUUGUUAAUAACAAAUUACCUGGCCACUUUUGGGCAUUCCAACCUCGAUAUUCGUGUUCAGGAGGAAAAAAUACAUAGAAAAUACCUUGGUUAUCUACUGGCCAUUCAAGUCCGACUAAAAGUGCUCAGCGCCUGGACUACGAAGCGUUUGGAGCGUUUGUCGUUUCCAAUCUUUCUAUUAACCGUGAUUAAAGCGACGUGUAUGACUUUAAGGAACCCUAGUGUAUACAUAUUGUGAUAAGCACUCGCAAAGCCAUGUAUAAAGAAUAUCAAGAUUUAUUAGCGUUUUAAGAUGUGAGCAGGAACGUGAUGAAGAUUUUCGGGAAGAUACGAAAUUUAUUCGCGUAACACAAAUUAGAUAUUAGCCCGUGAACUGUGCGAAAGAUGGAAUACUUUAAGUGUAAAAUUUAAAAUAGUCUAUGAAAUUUCCCAUCGAGAUGAUAUAUCGUUUGACAAGGCUACAGUUGUUAUUAUCGAGAUAUGAAAAUUUAAGAGGAAACAAAUAAAUGCCCAACACGAUUUGUA